GCCUUUUAAAAAAAUGUAAAUCUGGCGGCCUGCAUAUUCAAUUCCUUCCCAGAAAAAAAAAAAAAAAAAACCUCGGAAGUGAAACAAAGGAAAAGAUAGUAGAGAGUUGGAAGAGUUGCAGUAACCCAGUGAGUCAAUAGAUGAUAUAGGAAUAGAAAAAUGGCGGUGGAAACGAAUUUCGCAUCGUUGUUUGGGAAGCUUAAGGUAGAAGAUCCAUGGCUCCCUCCUCGAACCUGGGAAUCCAUUCCUUCUCAGAGCGGCCGGCCUCCUCUUCCCAGCUCUCAAGCUCCCAUUUCCUCCUCAUCAUCUGUCUCAGAGGCAAGUUUGGUGAGGUUGGCUCUGAAUGCACUGCAAGGUGUAGAAUCAUCUCUUAUUAGUGUAGAAAAGCUUUCUGCUGCCUUUUGUUCUGAUCCUGCUGAUAGGACUUUUCACCAAACGCCUAGUCUUUGGAACCGGUCUUUGAGCACUCAUGCUCUGGGGAAGAUUCUCUUAUCCAUAGGCCGCUUGGGUUUCUUAGUUUUCCUUCUCCGUAAGUUUGUAGAUUAUUUCAAGAAUUUGAAUCUCAGUGGAAAUUCAUAUUCGCUAGGAAAGAGCUGGGAAAAUUCUCAAGCAGCAGACAAUCAAAAUCAUGGUGGCUGUGAAGUGCAAGAGGAAGAGGGUCCUCGAUACAGUCUUGUUAAUCAGGCAUUCUCUGUUGCUGUAGGAAAGGUUUUGGAAGGGUACAUUUGUGCACUGGACACAUUAUAUGCAUCAGUAAAUUUAAGGCGUUCAGCAAAGAGUGCUGAAAUCUCUUCGUGUGUGUCUUCUGGCUGUCUUACAAGUGUGGUUUACUCUGAAAUUACACUAUUGGAGGUAUACCUGCACACAAAGGAAUUGAGGACCAAGAUUGAAGCUCUUGGGAAUAUUUGCAACCUGCAUAAUCUAUCUCUUUGCUUCUCAGAAUCUUCUUUUGCAGAAUUAAUUUAUAAAGCAACUAUGGAAUUUCAUAACUUCUACAGAGGAGGUGAUCUGCUUAGUUACUUGUACACACAGCUAAAGGUUGCGGAUCCUGCUCACUGUUCUUUACUGAAGUUUCUCUUUCUUCAGUCAUGUGAACCAUACUGUGAAUUUAUAAGGUCAUGGAUAUUUAAAGCUGAGAUUAAUGAUCCAUAUAAGGAGUUUGUAGUAGAAUAUAUUGACACGUUACAACAUUAUUCCUUUGGUAAAGCUGGCAUCUCAAUUGACUUUCUGGUGGCAAGUGUCAAGGAGCGGGAUGGAGCUGCUGUUCCAUGUUUUCUGAAGGAUGUUUUGAUUCCACUUGUCAGGGCUGGUCAGCAGCUUCAAGUUCUAAUGAAAUUGCUUGAAAUUCGUAAAUAUGUUGACCGUGGAGACCAUACUCAUUCAGAUUUUCUUCCUUGCUGGAGUGGUUUUGCGGGCAGCAAUCCAUUUUAUGCAUCUUCAAUCACUUUCGGCAAAGAAAAUAUAGAAACCUUGGUUCUCAUGAGGAAUAAUUACUAUGAGAGCAUGCAGGAGAAACUUGAAAGCUUUCUGACAGGAUUGGAAUUCAGUUAUCAGCAGGGCAUUCUGCAUUGUGCUGAACCUAUUUUCUUUGGUAAUGGUGGAGGCAGCCUAAGUACUGCAGCUUCACUCACAGUGGAUGACAGAUUGGUUAUUACUUCAACUCAACAGAGUUGCCCAAAUGUGUCUCUUGAUGAUAAUGAUUUAGAUGACUCUAGUACAAAAGAUGGGUCCUCUCAUGUAGCUGACAUCUUUGAGUUAUCUGAGUGUUCAUCAAUGAGUAGUUUUGAAGGACAAACUGAGUCCGAGCAGUUGAUUGAACAAUCUAAUCAUUCAGUUUGGCCUAAACAAAAUUAUUUCUCUGCACUAAGCUUUUCUGUCAGUCACCCAAUUGAUAGCUCAUUGCAACAAGCUUUUCAGAAUGAAAAUUCUUACCACGUGGAAAGUAGUUCACAGGAAUUUUCUGAAAGAACAGGUCACCAUGCCAAUUUUAUAGAUUCUGAAUCCAAUGGGACAAUGUGUGACAACAUAUGUUUGCACCUUGAGUCAAACUGGUUGUGUGCAGAAGCUGAAUGCGCAAAUAUUCUACCUUACAAGGUCUGGCCAGUUGACAGUGUAAGGAGUAAUGCUUUUUAUAUUGAUGGAGGCUGCAGGGAGGAUAAAAGGUUACAUCUGUCUGAUUCUGGCAUAAAGAUGAGACAAGGUAAUAUGCAAUAUUUCGAUAACGUUGUGCAACAUUUGGGUGAAUCAAUUGCUAGCAACAAUAUUUCAACAGUGGAUGCCUCAAACGAGGAUCAACUCCAAAAGGACUCUACUUUGGGGUUAUUUCCAUCGCAACAGCUCAAGCCUAUUUACAAUGGCAGCCUUCUCAGCAAAAACCCAAUGUUGACAAAAAAUGUUCUUUGCCACCUGAUGAGCAAGUGCGGUGAUGCAAGCAGCAUAGACUACCAACAAACUUUACCUUGCUUUGACUUUUCUUCAGUGGAUGACCCUUGUAAGGUUUGUGUCAAAAGACUAGAUGCUGGGUUUAUACAUGAAUUAUCUGAGGACACCAGUUCUUCUCUGACAAAUGGUACAAGUUAUCAGUCUGGUGAACGAGGCUAUGGAGGAGAUGGUUUCGUGGUUGACAAUGCAAAAGUUUCUUAUGCUGCUCCACCUUUGGAGUUAAAGAACCAAAAUCAAGAUGUCAUUUCAACAACUGUUUCUGGUGGGAGUUAUUGGGAGUGUUUGCUUGGUAGUUCUAGCACCCCUAAUAGUAAUGGGAUUGGAGAUGUCAAGCUGAAUGCAUCUUCUGUGUUUGAGAUACCACUUGAUUUCGUUAUUGACAAAUGCUUACUGCAGGAAAUCUUGCUUCAAUAUAACUAUGUCAGCAAGUUAACCAUCAAGAUGCUUGAAGAAGGGUUUGAUUUUCAAGAACAUUUGCUAGCGCUACGACGAUACCAUUUCAUGGAACUGGCAGACUGGGCAGAUUUGUUUAUUAUGUCCCUUUCCCAUCAUAAAUGGUGUGUUACAGAGGUGGAUCGGAGACUCUCUGAAAUUCAAGGCCUUCUUGAGUUGUCAGUCCAGAGGUCGUCCUGCGAAAGAGACCAUCAUAAAGAUAGGUUAUAUGUGUAUGCAAAAGGACAUGGCAUGAUGCCUCUCUCAACUUCUACAAUCGGUGUCCGAUCCUUUGACUUUUUAGGUCUGGGCUACCAAGUGGAUUGGCCUGUCAGCAUUAUUUUGACUCCUGGUGCAUUAAAAAUAUAUGCUGAUAUAUUCAACUUUCUGAUACAACUGAAGCUUGCUAUUUUUUCAUUGACUGAUGUAUGGUGCUCAUUAAAGGAUGUAGUGCACUUGAUAAGGCAAAAACGUCAUUCCCCACUACAUGAACAUGAAGUGGGCCAUUUUAACAUGUUAAUGAAGUUGAGGCAUCAGGUCAACCAUUUUGUAUCUACAUUACAGCAAUAUGUACAGUCACAACUAUCACAUGUAUCAUGGUGCAAGUUUCUUCACUCCUUUAAGCACAAGGUCAAGGAUAUGAUGGAUCUUGAGUCAGUGCAUAUGUCAUAUCUAAUUGAUUCACUACAUAUAUGUUUUCUCUCUGAUGAAACACGAUCUAUAGCCAGCAUCAUAGAAAACAUUUUGCAAUGUGCCCUAGACUUCCGGUCUUGUCUUACUGGGGAUAUAUGGAAUGUAGGACUUGCUGAAGAUGAUUUAUCGGAUAAACUUUCUAGGAUAAAUAUAUCCCAGGUUCUCGCCAUAAAGCAAAAGUUCAACAAAAAUCUCAAAGAACUUCAUCUACUCUACAUCAAAUCACCUAAACAUGGGGAGUUUGGGCUUUCCUGUUUCUGGGGAUAUCUCAACUACAAUGACUUCUACUGUAAUGGAAAUGAAAUGGGCCGUCAUGCUUUCUCAAUCUAAACUCCUUUCCAUGCAGAUUGAAAGUAGGCAGUGAUUUGCAUUCCUUAUUUGAGAUAUGAGUUUACGGAAAUGAGUUCAACAGUAGAAGCUCGAAACCGCAUCAUGGUUUAGAUUUGAUAUUUUGUUGGACACUUAGCUGCAGCCAACCUGCAUCUAUCAUCAUGCUCUGCUGUGGGGAUCCUUGUUCAUGCGAGGUGGGGAAUCAAUCUCUUGUUUGGUUGGACAAGGUAAGCUGUGACAUCCAAUUUGUGAUUUUUGGUGUUUCUGGCGUCGUAGCUGCAGUGUAAAGCCUAAAAUUUUUCCAUUGGCCUACUAGCUAACCUAUUGAAUUAUUUUCAAAGGGAAAAAACUUGAAUAUGCUUCUGAGUUGCAAUAUUUUUCAACAAAAGGGCCUGUAAAUGUCUCGUAUUUAUAGUAUGGAAGCAAGUUAUAGCGUUAAUGAUAUUCUUUUUUGAUUCGGAAA